AGUCCCUUUUCUAGGCAUUACGGUAGAAGGGCUGUUCUCUCCUCCGGUGCACCUGCCACUGAGGUUUAAAGCCGCAGUCUUUUGGGGACACUCAAAUGACUUGGAGCGAACUGACUGCAUAGAGAAGCCACGUCUGGUUGUAUCGGAGAGGAAGAAGAGUAAUUGCGCAAUUGUUGCUGGGGGAUAUAGAGGGAGCUCUAUCCACGCGCACGGAUUAAGAGUGGUCGUCAGUCUGUGUGUGCUUGUUACUCCAGACGCUCGCUUCAGUAUCACACAAGUCUACCGGAGAGAAGGGAUUGGGGAAGGGAGGAGGGAAGCACCUAGCCAAUAGGCCUGAUCUUGCAAGUGGGUUGCUGCUCGCUAGAGCGAUGCACAAACUUCACCCAAGGGCGAGAGAAGCUAAGCGAGCCUAAGCAUCACGCGAUCUCCUCGCAAUCGCAUUGCAACUGCAGCUGGAGUCUGCUUUUGCCUGCCUUCUGCAACCGUCAGCUUGCGUGCUUUUGUGGCCCAGGCAGCUGGUGCGACCCCAAGGGCGGGAGUUUGCAAUCCAAAUAAUGCAGCUGCCGGACAGCGGCGGCGGCUAUUCCUGCUGCCUCCCGUGGCGGGUCACCUGGCUGGCUUGUCGCUCCCCUCCCGUCCACCCCCACCUCUGACUGUCGCUGCUCUGGACUAACAUGGAGGGGUCGGGCAGCACGGCAGGGCUGAGCGGCUAAGGGCUCGCUUCUGCCUCUCCUCUGUCGCCGAUUGCAGCUCCCUUAAUCUGAAAAGCCUCUUUAUUCAAAACAAGCCAUGGAAGAUUGUUCCCUGCCAGACCUUCGAGACAUCGAGCUCAAGCUGGGGCGCAAAGUCCCCGAGAGCCUAGUGCGCUCCUUGCGAGGGGAGGAGCCCGUCGUCGGCCGCGACAGGGAAAAGGACCGGGAGCAAGCCGGCGGAGGUCCUGCAGCCACCGGCUUCUCCGCCUCCUUGGCCCCGCGAGCCGCCAUGCUCAGCAGUAGAAACUCCAGCGCCCUAGAAAGACUGGAGACCAAGCUUCACCUCCUCAGGCAAGAAAUGAUUGAUCUUCGAGCCACAGACGUCAAGUUAAUGCGGCAGCUACUGAUCAUCAAUGAAAGCAUUGAAUCAAUCAAGUGGAUGAUUGAAGAAAAGGGAGCUAUCACCAGCAGGGGCAGCAGCUUGAGUGGCAGCCUCUGCAGCUUGCUAGAGAGUCAGGAGACCUCUCUAAGAGGCAGCUACAACAGUUUGCAAGACUGCAGCGAUGGACUGGAUGGAAUAUCCGUGGGGAGUUACCUGGACACUUUGGCAGAUGAUGUUCCAGGCCACCGUACUCCCUCAGACAUGGACCAGUUUAGUGACUCUUCUCUUAUAGAUGACUCACAGUCCCUUCAUAAACACCCCAAGAUUGAAUCUGACGAGUACUACUGUUUUGGUUGAUAAAAAUGAAACUCUAGGAGGGACACGUGUGCACUUGUAUUUAUGAUUCUUCUAUGCUGCUAUUUGUUUUAAGCAUUUUAAAAGCACCUUUUAAAAAGACAACCUAUUUUAAAUCUGCUUUAGUCUAUCUCUCUGCUGCUGCUCCUUGAUUUUGUCGCCCCUUCCUGGAUGGUUUUCUUCCCCUCUCUCUCUUUUGUCAUCUUAAUUUAUUGCUGUGAUUCAUUCUUCUCCUUCAUAAUAUAACUUUUGCUCAGUUUUUUACAAAAUAAAAGGUGAGGGAAAUUUGCUUCAACACAAAGUGUGGGAAUGUAAUUUUGCUGAAUUCUACAUCUGACUGAC